CAGCGCCGAGAGAGCCAGUCCCAGUCGAGUUCAGUUCGCCGCCGAGCGCCGUCGCGAGCAGUCGAGCCAACCCGUUACUCCCGCCGUUACACCGCGCGCUCCCAACCCCGCUCCACGUCUGCGAACGCGCUCGCCGGCGACGAACUGAAGCUCGCGUUGUGAACGCCUGCUCGAGUGUCAGUCAGUCUGUGUGCGUGUGCGUGUGUGUGUGUGUGUGUGUUCUCUGACCUGUGAAGUGUCCGAGUGAUUGUCUGAGUGAGAGUGUGUGUGCGUGAAAGUGAACUUGUGCACAACUGAGGACGUCACCCGGAUCAGGAUGAAGUUCUCCGUUCAGCACGCGGUGCUCUCGACGCUCUCCGUGUUUGCCGUGUGGAGCUGCAUGGCCAGGGCCAAUGAGAUGUGCCGGCAGGAGAUCGUCAUGGGCUGCGCCCAACCCUUCAGCCUGCUCACGGACAACAAGGAGAUGGCCAUGUUCCGCAGCAGGGCCGAUCUGGACCGGAUAUGCCCGAAACUGACCGAGGGCGUGCUGUGCAUCGACCGCUUCACCCGGCUGUGCAUGAACCAGCAGCAGCGGGCCCACUUCCACCAGCUGUACCACGGCACGAGCGAGGUCAUCCACGACCUGUGCCAGGACGGCGAGUACCGAGAAGAAUUCUUGCGGCACGCGCCCUGCAUGAGCGAGGUGCGCAGCGACCACGAGGUGUGCUCCGACAAGUACCAGGACCGCAUGGCCCGGAUGGAGCAGAAGACCAAGCUGCGGACGGCGCGCCACUCGCAGCACCACCACAACCACCAGCACCACUACCGGCACCACCACAACCACACGGCCACCGAGGAGGACCUCGAGCGGCAGGAGCACGAGGAUGACCUGCGGACACUCUGCUGCUCUUUCCAAGACUACCUCCGCUGCUCGCAGUCGGUUGUGGAGGACAAGUGCGGCGAGGAGACGGCUCGUUUCGCGCACAGCUUCAUGGACAGGAUGGCCUCGUCGCUGGUCCAGAGCCACUGCACGGCCUACCCUCCGGACUCGGCACUCUGCAACGACUUCGCGUCACCCGCCGCGCGGCCGUUGUCCGCCAGAUGGCAGCACCUCCUGCCCGUCGUGGUCGCCGUGCUCGGCCUCGUCUCCUCGUCGGCGUCCUCGUCCUGGAGCCUCUGGCGGUGACCUCACACUCCUCUCAAGUCCAUCCAACGCCCUAGUUACCAGCGGCGCCGCCUCGCGUGCCCCGUCGUGUUUGUUCGGACGUGGCCUCCCCGGUUCGAACGCUCUGACGUAGCGGCAGUCAUCUCUCAGCGCAACGCGUCGCCGACGGCGUCCUCGGCCCGACCAAGAUCAGCGGUGGCCGUCGAUCCGAAGUCAACCCUUUUUAAUACA